CAGAGAUUGUCGGAGCCGCCCCGGGCCGAAAUCAACAAAGUUGUCCGGCACGACUCCGAGCCUCCGGGACAGUCUUACCACUUGAACACGAAGUGCACACAGAAUGCUCGGGAAGGUCCUACUACUAAUCGCAACUUUGUUGCUAUUUCAUGCUGCCUGCACGACUUAUGACCAUGUAUCUCAUCUGAGAGCCCUUGUGCAACCUGAGGCGCACGUACCUUUGAACACUGUCUAUGAGAGCAUUCUGGCCCUUGUCCUUGGGAUUCUAGGGGCUUCUAUGAAUUCGCCACCACUGAAAGACAUCACAUGGGCAAGCGAGAUGAAGAAACGGACUAUCGAUGAGAUGGAUGCUCGGCCAGGACUUGCAAGCUACGCCUCUAGAGCAAAACUGUUCCAUGAUCAGCGAGGGGCCAGUCGUCCGACAUGAGAAUAGAUGUUGUGUGGUGCUACUACUACUACU